AUGUUAUCUACGCAAGGUAGACGUGUGAAGAUAAGUGAUCUCCACUCUCGAAUAUCUAAGAUUAAAACCUUCAAGUUGAUGAAUCCUGUACAAUUCUAAUAUUCAUGCAAGUCAUAAUUCGAAUAAUUACGUAUGUAAAUUGGAGCGAAGCUUUUGCAAGAUAGUAUGAACAUUAUUUGUCAUCACUCAUGCAUCAUGACUCUACAUUUGCGGAAUUACUUUUUUAAUCAUUUUUAUUGUUUUGCAAGUCACGGAUCUAAUUCUGCCGCAGUGUUGACCUUGAAUUUCUGUCAGGAAAAUGUUCGAUUUUUUCGAACGAUCGCUGUCGUAAGAAUACGAAAAGAGACGAAUUAUAUCGUCGACGAUUCUUUCACGUUUCCCUAAAAAUAAAAAAAAAAGAAAAAAGAAAAGAAAAAUUUUCGAGAGUGUGAAGAAAUCUGAGAUUAAUUACACACUUCAGGUUCCAACUAUUAUUACACUGAUCCGUUUCAAAAAUUUUUUAUCUCAAAAUGUUUUAUACUUCUCACGCAGUUGUCUGAUGAUAAUCAUGAAAUGAAUUGGUUGCACGGCGUGUUAAUUGUUAUCGAACGAUGGAGGAUCGAGUUGGAAAAUUCCAAGAAGCACAGAGGAGAGCCCAGUCUGUUGAGAACCAUCUUCCGUACCUUUUGGUGGGAGUACACCAUACUUGCCUUAAUACAAAUAUUAAACGAAUUUGUUAUCCGAUUAGGAACACCGAUACUCCUGGGUGGACUGCUACGCUACUUUAAGAAGAACACAACCGAAACGUACGAAACUGCUUUACUAUACGCAGCUGGGAUUUGCGUAGCAACGGCCGUAAACGUAGUCUCAAUGAAUCACGCUCUGUUUGGCGCGUUCCACGUUGGUGGAAGAGUCAGAGUCGCCACGUGCUCUGUCGUUUAUCGGAAG